UCAAUCUUCUAUUCAACAAGCCACAUCAUCUUCGUCGGUUCAAAAGUCUACUAAUUCGAAGCAUUUUCAUUCUACUCGUUCAAAUGUUGAACAACUAAUAGAAGAAAAUAUAAAACUUAAGAAUGAAAAUGCUUUAUUAAAGUCACAAAUUUCAGUAGCAAAUGAAGAACUAAAUACUUACAAAAAUCCUGGGACGUCCUCUCUACGUUCGGUUCUUAAGUACCCGGUUCCUCGCAUUCCAACAGAAAGUUCACAGUCAACUACAGAAGACCAGACCGGGUCUGAUCUACCUUCUCCUAGGAAAAAAAGAAAGACACUUCCAUUUUCUCGGCUCCUCACUAGUAAAGAAAGUUGGCGCCAAUUAGAAGAAGUGAACAGGGAAGUGGAACGUAAAGCCGACGAAGUGAGACAAAAAAAGGAGCUAGCAGCCCAAAAAAAGGAGAUAGCAGCACAAAAGAAAGCUGAACGGGAACUUCGUUUGGCACAAAAAAACAAAAAAAGAGUGCAAAAGACUCUUGGAAAGCAGAAAGGUCUUUAA